AUGGCAUCACAAUCAGAUCACAAGGCUGCGAUAAUCGAUGGCAAAGCCAUAGCGCAGACCAUCCGAAACGAAAUUGCUGAGGAAGUCCGCCAUCUCUCCCAGAAAUAUGGCAAGGUUCCGGGACUGGCAGUAGUGAUAGUAGGGAACAGAAAGGACUCCCAAAGCUAUGUGAGCAUGAAGCGAAAGGCAUGUGCUGAAGUUGGCAUUCUAUCCUUGGACAUUGACCUCCCUGAGGAUGUGUCCCAAGUUGACCUCAUUGCUAAAGUUCAUGAAUUAAACGCCAAUCCCGAUGUACAUGGUAUACUAGUUCAGCUUCCGUUGCCAAAGCAUAUAAAUGAGGAGAAAGUGUUAAGUGAAAUCAGCAUUGACAAGGAUGUCGAUGGCUUUCAUCCUCUCAACAUUGGCAAGCUUGCAAUGAAAGGCAGAGAACCUCUAUUCCUUCCUUGCACUCCCAAGGGCUGUCUGGAACUUCUGUCACGGAGUGGCAUAAGCAUAAAGGGAAAGAAGGCAGUGGUGGUGGGCAGAAGUAACAUAGUUGGAUUGCCGGUUUCAUUACUGCUUUUGAAAGCAGAUGCUACAGUUACCGUAGUCCAUUCUCAUUCUCAUGAUCCGGAGAGUAUCAUUCGUGAAGCGGACAUUAUUAUUGCCGCAGCAGGGCAGGCAAUGAUGAUCAAGGGUAGUUGGAUAAAACCAGGUGCUGCAGUCAUCGAUGUCGGCACAAAUGCAAUAGACGACUCGAGUAGAAAGUCAGGCUAUAGAUUGGUGGGAGAUGUUGAUUUCCAGGAAGCAUGUAAGGUUGCUGGAUGGGUAACUCCUGUGCCUGGAGGUGUCGGCCCAAUGACUGUUGCAAUGUUACUCAAGAACACUUUGGACGGUGCUAAGCGCGUUAUUGCACAAUAA